GGAAGUGUCACGACACUCAGUUUGCUUAGAUCUACAAAACAUCUGCUAAGAGGAAUUAAGCGCUUUAGCUGCAAGCGUUUAUCUACAGAUCUGUGAGCUUUAGGGACCAGAUUUCGAUGCGGAAGAGGAUAUGUUGACCCAAAAAGAGGAAUAAGAAAAACUGUUUGUUAGAAGAUUACAGUGUUUUAAGAUUUUCCUUCAAAAUGUGCAACGGCUGCGUGCAAAAGGAAUACCCGGACAGGGGUAACACCUGUCUGGAGAAUGGCUCCUACCUGAUGAACUACCGGUGCUGCGCCAGCUGCCAUCAGAGGGACUUUGUGCUGAUCAGCAAUAAAACCACAGAGGAUGAGGAUGGAGAAGAGAUCAUCACAUAUGAUCAUGUUUGCAAAAACUGUGAUCAUAUCGUCGCCAGGCACGAAUAUACUUUCUCCGUUGUUGAUGAAUACCAGGAGUACACGAUGCUCUGCAUGCUGUGUGGAAAGGCAGAGGACUCCAUCAGUGUGUUGCCAGACGACCCCAGGCAGUCUGCUCCUCUCUUCUGAGUGUCACCACCGAAACUGUUCCUGGCUGCAGGCUUCGGGGAUCCAACCCUUUUUUAUUAAAUCCAUGCAACUUUUCUUCAAUGAGUUCACCAUAUUUUAAGUCUUUGGCUGUUUAUAAACGACUGUAUGCUGAUAACCGUUGAGCAGGACAUAAAGCUUUUUCAUAUUCCUUGCAACAAAUAUUCUGUAAGUGAAUUGACAGUGUUCUGUAAAUAAACAGUUUUUACUACGUUUUA